AUGUUCAGAGGAUCAGCAGCGUCGUCCAGCACAGUCAACCCGGUUAUCGCUGACAUUUUUAGCGGCAGCCAUGGAGCCGCGUUCCAGCACCCGGACACGUUUGCGCCCACAUCGCUCGUUGGCUCUGGUGGGGGCGGCUUAGGAGCUGGAGCUGCGACCGGCGCUGCUCUGGUCGCCGUCGCAGACGUAGCCCAGCAUUCGACCAGAAGAGGUCAAAGCAAGCACCCUUUCCGGUUGAAUUUCUACCUCGCUCCGCCCGUGCAAGGUUUGGAGAUAUCCAUUGAAGAGUUUGAGAUGUGGGCGCUGGAUAGGCUCAGAGUCCUUGCGGAGAUUGAGUCUUGCCAGGCGCGAGGCAAGCCCUAUCCGGAGAUCAUCAAGCACAUGAGCGAGCAACUGAAAAAGUACAUUCCACUCUCUUCCAACACGGCACUCAACGUGAACCACUUCAGCGAGCGCGAGAAAGACCAUAUCUCACAUUUUGUCCUGCGCCUCGCUUUUUGUCGCUCGGAGGAACUGCGCCGCCGCUUCGUCAAGGCAGAGACAAUGCUGUUCAAACUGCGUUUUGACGCGGACGACACGCGCGAACGCGAGGCGUUCCUCAACAGCUUAAAACUCGACUGGCAGCCUGUCAGCGAGGAAGAGAAGGAGCGCCUGCGGCCGCAGCUGCAGAGUGCCAGUCCGCGUACGAGGAAGAGCUGGCCGACCGAGCGGUUCUACAAGGUGCCUUGGCUCAAGGUCCCCGACCUCAUCGAGCGCAGACGCGUCUAUCUUCACGCCGGCAUGGCCUACGUCCCCGCCGCCGAGCAGAGCAGCUUGGUCCUCGCUGAAUUCACCAGCAGGCUCGAGCAGCAGAUGGAGCUCACUGCGCGCCACAUCCCACGCAGACUCGACCUCGACGAGGACGAGCGGCUGAUCCCCAUCCUCGAGCAUCUCUCCAUGGGCCUGCUCGUUGGUCUCUCCUCGGCUUCUGCGACCGGAUCGCACGCGCUCUUCGGUCCAGAUGCUGAGGGAAACGCUGGACGCAUCACGUGGAACAUGAUCGAUGUCCUCGUUAAGCGUCACGCGCCUAUGUGCGUGCGUAACCUCCAGGAAACGCUCAACACCAAGCACCACCUCAAGCACUUGGGCCGUCUGCAGUAUAAUCUCUUCCUCAAAGAACUCGGCUUGCCCAUUGACGAGGCUCUGGUCUUCUGGCGCAAGUCCUUCUCCCUGAUGACAGAUGAUAAGUUCAACAAGGAGUACCGCUACAAUAUCAGGCACGGCUACGGCAUGGAGGGUGGCAAGAAGAAUUACCCUGCUCCUUCAUGUGCUAAGAUCCUCACUCAAAACCAGCCGGGACCGCAAGACACGCACGGCUGCCCUUUCCGGCACAUGGGCACCUCCAAUCUGCAAUCGGCGCUCUGGACACAGUACGGCGUGACGACGGGUGAGGCGGGCGACAUCAUGAAGGCGGUUAAAGAUGGGCACUACCAUAUCGGUUGCACGCGUCUCUUCGAAAUUACCCACCGCAAGCGCGGGCGCGGCGGGCUCAAGAAGGGCGACGGGCUCGGCGUGAAUGGCGAGACGGUCGCGCAUCCCAACCGGUACUUUGAGCGCAGCUAUCUGCUGGAAAAGCAGGCGCAAGAAGCAGGCGCAAGU